GACCCACUUGCGGAUAUUUUGAAUCCAAGAAAGAGAGUGAAAGACCCAGUAGCUCCACCAGUUCUAGAAGCAAGUGUCGCUGUUGACGAUGCAAAGAUGAAAAAGAAUAGAAAACGUGGCGCUGAUCAUGCAGUUACUUUUUCUACGGCCUUAGCAUUUUUCCUCGAUAUGUUUCGAAAGGUAGUGGCUGAAUUUUGUGCUGAAGGUCUGGGAGAUGCUUCUCCAUCAGCCUAUAGAAGAAGGACUGGAGCCCAACAACAAGAAGGCGCAGAUGAGACAACAUUAUCUCUGCACAACGUCCUUUCCGACAGAGUGUUGGAAAAGUUCGACCCACUAGAGCUGGUGCAUUUGUGGGGUAGGCUAUUGCGGGAAAAAACUACUAUCCAGCAUCUGGUUCUUGAUAUGAGGAGCGCUUCUUCUUUGACAAAAAGUACUACG